GUUUGGGCGGCGGAGGCGGCGGCGGCGGCGGCGGGGGCGGUGCGGGAGCCCCAAGCGCGCCCGCGGCGUCUGGGUUGGAGGACCGAGCGCGUCGCCUGUGUUUAUUCCCAGUGACUUGCGACGGAGACCCGGGAAGGGGCGCGGCCGUGACGGUGUUAUCGACCCAGGGCGAGCCCGCGGGGUGCAGCGAGGCGCUGGGAAGAUGCUCGAGGUCCUGGUGCUGAAGAUUGAAGAUCCAGGUUGCUUCUGGGUUAUUAUAAAAGGGACUAGUACCUUUUUAGAUCAUGAAAUUGACUACCAAAAACUAAAUAGCGCCAUGAAUGACUUCUAUAAUAGCACGCGUCAAGACAUAGAAAUAAAACCAUUGAUGUUGGAAGAGGGGCAGGUUUGUGUGGUUUAUUGCCAGGAACUCAAGUGCUGGUGCAGGGCUGUCAUUAAGUCAAUCGUGUGUUCAGCAGAUCAUUACCUGGCAGAGUGUUUCCUUGUGGAUUUUGCCAAGAACAUUCCAGUGAAAUCGAAAAACAUCCGAGUUGCAGUAGAAACUUUUAUGCAGCUUCCCUACAGAGCGAAAAAAUUCAGACUGUAUUGUACCAAACCUGUUACAUUACACUUUGACUUUUGUGAAGACAGUGCUAAAAUUGUACCCGCCAAGAAGUGGGACACUGCAGCUAUUCAGUACUUUCAGAACAUCCUGAAAGCAACUACCCAGGUGGAAGCCAAAUUAUGUGCUGUAGAAGAUGAUACUUUUGAGGUUUAUCUUUAUGUAACUAUAAAAAAUGAAAAAGUUUGUGUUAAUGAUGAUCUGGUUGCAAAGAACUUCGCUUGUUAUGUAUCACCCAUGGAGAAUAAAAACCUUGAUUCUUUAGAGAAACCAAGAUUGAAUAUAAAGUCAGCAUCCUUUCCCAAUAAACUCAAUCCAGCACUUAAUCUUUGGCCAAUGUUUUUGCAAGGAAAAGAUUCUCAAGGAAUGGAAAAGUCACAUGGUUUAACUUUUCUGGCGCAGUCUCUCCAGCAUUCGCGGUCCAAGCGUGUUGUGAGUGACCCAGGGCCAACAGCUACUACCCUGGAUAAAACUAUGAAAUGUAAAGUGGCUUCCUUGCCUGGUUCACCUAAAAAUAUAUCUGAAAAGAAACAGUGCAUGUCUUUAAAAGAUGUAAAUAAGUGUGUUGAAUCUUCAGUGUGUUGGCCAACAAAAAGAGGCAUAACCAUACAUGCUGAUCCAGAUAUACCAGCAGACAGUGCUUUACGUCAGAAGUCAAAUGAGAAACCACUCAGAUUGGCUGAGAAGAAAGAAUACAAUGAGAAGAAUGGCUGUGUAAAAUUAUUGCAGUUUUUAAAUCCUGAUCCUUUGAGAGCUGAUGGAAUCUCUGAUCUGCAACAGUUGCAGAAGCUGAAGGCGGGUGCACAGCAGGCCUCUGCGGUGCUCCGGAACAAGAUUGAGCCUUGCUUGUCCAUCGACACGGCGCCGCUUUCGGCAGACCUGAAAAAGGCUCUUCAAAGAAAUAAGUUUCUGGGACCUAGCCACACUGCAUCUUACUCCUGGCCUCCCAUAGCGCGCGGCUGUGACGUGGUUGUCAUUUCUCAGUGUGGAAAUGACCCUUUGUUGUACCUUCCACCAGUGCUUACGCUUUUGCAAACAGGGGGCUGCUACAAGUCAUUACCAAGUAGAAACGGACCUCUGGCAGUCAUCCUGUGUCCUGGGUGGAAAAAGGCCCAAUUUAUUUUUGAGUUAUUGGGAGACUAUGGCGUGUCCUCCAGGCCUCUUCAUCCUAUGUUAUUAACAAUUGGACUCCACAAAGAUGAAGCCAAAAAUAUGAAGCUUCCAAGGGGCUGUGAUAUAAUGGUUACAACACCACAUAGCCUCCUGAGACUUCUCAGAUACCAAAGCUUGUUAUUUCUUAGACUCUGUCACCUCAUUUUGGAUGAGGUGGAAGUGUUAUUCUUUGAAGCUAAUGAACAAAUGUUUGCUAUAUUAGAUAACUUUAAAAAAAAUAUUGACGUUGAAGAAAGGGAAUCUGCACCACAUCAAAUUGUUGCAGUUGGAGUUCAUUGGAACAGACAUAUACAGCAUUUAAUCAAAGAGUUCAUGAAUGACCCCUACAUCGUGAUCACUGCCAUGGAAGAGGCUGCUCUCUACGGCGGUGUCCAACAGGUGGUACAUCUUUGCCUAGAAAGUGAAAAAACCUCUACUUUACUCCAGACUCUUGACUUCAUUCCAAGUCAGGCACAGAAGACCUUGAUCUUCACCUGUUCUGUAGGUGAAACUGAAAUAGUGUGUAAGGUGGUAGAAAGCAGUUCAAUAUUUUGCUUGAAAAUGCAUAAAGAGAUGGUUUUUAAUUUAAAAAGUGUAUUAGAACAGUGGAAGAAGAAGUUAAGUUCUGGCUCUCACAUUGUAUUAGCCUUAACUGAUGACUGCAUACCACUCUUGGCCAUUACUGAUGCCACGUGUGUGAUUCAUUUCAGCUUUCCUUCCUCACCAAAAAUUUUUGGUGGACGCCUAUAUUGCAUGUCUGAUCAUUUUCAGAGUUUAACUGAACAGGGUUCUCUUGCAAAACAGGGAGGUAAAAAGGCCAAAUCUGUCUUGCUGCUGACGGAGAGAAGUUCAUGCCAUGCUGUGGGUGUUUUGCGAUACUUGGAAAGAGCAGAUGCCAAGAUUCCAUCGGAGCUGUAUCAGUUUACUGCAGGCGUUCUAGAAGCCAAGGAGGACAAGAAAGCCGGAAGGCCUCUCUGUCCGUAUCUUAAGGCUUUUGGAUUUUGCAAAGACAAAAGGAUUUGUCCUGAUCGACACCAUAUUAAUCCAGAAAUAGACAAUCCAAGAAAAUUAUCCAACCAGGCAAUACCAUUGUUUGGAUACAUUAAAAUAAUACCCUUUUACAUUUUGAAUGCAACAAAUUACUUUGGUCGUAUAGUUGAUAAACAUGUGGAUCUUUAUGCAACUCUUAAUGCUGAAAUGAAGCAGUAUUUUGAGGAUUCCAGUAAUAAAACAACCAUUGAAAAGGUGGAGAAAUUUGGAUUAUACGGAUUAGCAGAGAAAACACUUUUUCACAGAGUUCAGGUGUUGGAGGUGAGCCAAAAAGCAGACACGUCGGCCCUCGAUACUGUCCUUGUGAAGUUUAUAGAUGAAGGCAGGACUGGACCCAUCCCCAGAGAUCAGCUGCUGCAUCUCCCAGAAAACUUCCAGGCUCUGCCCCCCCAAGCCAUGGAGUUCAUUGUUUGUAGAGUGAAACCUGCCGACAAUGAAAUUGAAUGGAAUCCAAAAGUUACGAGGUACAUUCAUCAUAAAGUUACUGGAAAAUUGCAUGAUGCAAAAGUGGUAUUUGCUUUAGGAAAUACAGUUUGGAUUGAUCCAAUGGUGCACGUUACAAAACUUUUAAAUUUGAAAACUUCUGUCAUUGAUUACAAUGUUCGAGCUGAAAUUUUGUCAAUGGGAAUGGGCAUUGAUAAUCCAGAACAUAUAGAACAACUGAAAAAAUUGUACGAAGGAGCUAAAAUACACACUGUUGAAGAAAGCCGAAGCCAAACACUGGAGCCGUCGUCUACAGAAGAGGCCGCCUGUCUGCAGAGCACACGGCCGGAGGACGGGGCUUCGGAAGGAGGUGCCGACUGCGGAACGAACUCAGGAAACCGGAAGCAUGAAGCUUCACCUGGAAACACUGGAGAUGCUUCCGUGAACAGAACUACGGAGCCCCUGCAAAGCUUCCACCCACCAAUAAAAUGGUUCCAAAAAGACGAUGUGGUCAUAUUGAAGAUAAGAAUAAGGAAUGUAAAAGAUUACAAGUGCAAAUAUUUUAGAGAUAGAGUCAUUUUCAGCGCCUGGGUAGGAGAAAAAUUUUACUUGGCUGAUUUGGAGUUGCAGGCCAACAUAAUAAAGGACGAUUGCAAAUGCAUAAUUAAAAAUGAGGAACCUAUAAUCACUCUUGCAAAAGAGAGAAGGGAAUCUUGGUGUAGCUUACUCAGACAGAAGAAUCCUAAUGUGGCUUUCGAUUUUGAUCACUGGGAAGAAUGUGAAGAGGAGAGCCAUUUCUCCAAGGUUGUAACAUCUAGAAACCUGUCCUGCAAAGUGGCAGAGGUGAUGGAGAGCAGUGACCAGACUUCGGAGGAUGAGGAGACCGAGAGCGACUGAGCGUGUGGGCCGGAUCCUGAGGCGGACAGGGGGUCGCCGCGUGACUGGACGCUAGAGAACAGCAGUCACGUUCACACCUUUUUAUUACGAGGGGUCAUCUGGUGGCACCGGGAUUGGUAAUGGUGAGAAAUUCUGAAUCUAUUUAAAAAUGGGCUGAGGCCUGGUCCUGGUAGCUCAGUUGGUUAGAGCGUCGCCCCUAUAUGCCAAGGUUGUGGGUUCGAUCCCCAGUCAGGGCACAUACAAGAGUCAACCAAUGAAUGCAUAAAUAAGUGGAACAACAAAUCGAUGUUUCUCUCUCAAGUUAAUAAAAAAAUAAAAAUGUUAAAAAAGGGCUGAAGAGGAGACUGUGAAGGAGGGUGGAAACGGAGACAAGAAGUGCUGGUCUAACAGCCCGGCUUCCCGCUGACCUGCUCAUUGCGUCAUUGCGUCAUGCGAAGCCCAUCUGACAUACCCCAGUUGAAUGACAAAGAGCGCCCGGCUUUCGGAUAAUGAACUGUACUAUCUGGAGCUCGUCUAUUUGUAUUUUUCAUUUAAAACUACGUUUGGCGCAUUCCUAAAAACAUCUUGUGCAUAUAAGUUGAAGUUUCUGUCUCAUAAAUCCAUACUUGGCAGUGCUUAACAGCGCCUUUCGGCCAUGAGUUAGUUGGGAUUCAAACUUGUAGUAACACCUCUGGUGUCCUUAAGAUAUUGAUCGCUACUCCGGGCAAGUUUACUUCGUAUAAAGUUAUUUCAAGGAUAAAAAUGGGGUGGCCUGAGUCAUACCAGCCAGACCCAAGGCUCUCUGGAGGUAAGCUACUGCUUCUGCAGGACCCUCUGAACCUGCAGAGUCCUGGGCCAGUGAGGCAAAGGUUCCCCUUCAGUGGAAACGGAAAAGGACCUGUGGGGUGCCUGCAGGUAAUCCUCAGGACACCUGGGUGUGAUGACGCCUAACAACAUUCAUGACCCCGUUCUGGGGCUGUGGCACCAGGUUCACAAGACAGUUGGGAGGAGUGUGUACUGUCACUACCCCUUAAAUGUGGCGCCCAGAGCCUGACUGUUCAUGUGAAUUGGAAAAGGUAGAAAGAGCCACUGGGAAAUGUAAGCGCUGUGCACAUCUUCAUUCAGCGUGAGGGCAGCCGCGCCCAGAGGUGGAGAAGCGGCUCUAGAACACAGCUGUGCGACUUGCCCCAAGGUCUUUGUUCUUUUUCACACCAGAAAGCACAGAUGCUCAGGUGCGUGGGUCUCCCAGGUAGAAGCACUGUGUGAAAGAGGUAAACUGUCGCCAGGCUGUCCCGUGGGCAGGUUUGGGUCACACUGGCUCAGUUUCCUCAUCUGUAAAACAAGGCCUGUUUACCACGCUGCCCCUCCUCAGGAGGUGCCCAGAGCACUGCUGCUGCUCAGGGCCUCUGCUGUGGGAGGCGGCUCUGAGCAGGAGGUCAGACCACCGCCCUGGCAGGAGGACACGGUGCGCAGCCUGGACUGCGGCUGGAGCACAUCCCUGCUGCUGCCCUGGCUCCCACAGCUAAAUCAGGCGGGCUUUUCGGGAAAUAGGAAGCUCGGUCUUUGCUGGCAAAGGUUUUGACUGCAGAGCUCUCCUAAGUCCUCAUGAGGUGUCAGUGUCUGUAGGCACAGCCUUCGCUCCGGCUGCAGGAGGCCUUGGGGUUGGCGGCCAGCCCAGCCUCCUGAGCUGCACUGGCUUUCCCUGGGCUUGUCAGCCACCUACAGUUUAUGCUCAGUGUACUCGGUCUCUUAAACAUAGCAAAUAGCAAGUCCUAGAGCUGCACAAAUGUGUUUCCCAUGUACGAAUGCUGGGGGGCCCUGCUGUCAAGACGGAAUGCUCACUCACUGUGGUUCACAAACAGCUAAAUGAA